AAGGCCACCACCACCACUGCUAAGAAGCCUGUUGGCCGGCCCAAGGCUAACACGGCCAAGCCUCGCAAGGCCUCCACUACUGCCACCAAGAAGACCACUAAGAAGGCUGCAAAGGAGACUGCUGCUUAAAUCUGUGGGCGCCUGAGACCGUGUUGUCAGAGACCACUUGAACCCGGCUCCUCCUAGUCGGUGAUGUGUGCCUCGGAUGAUCUUUCUCGAGCUAUAUUCCCUUUGUCUCUUCUGCUGUAAUUUUUUUUAUUUCUUUAUUUUUUUGUUCCUUGGCCACCUUUUGAUCAAUGGGGGAACUGUUUCUGGGAUAUGCCGUGGAUUGUUUACACUUUCGUUUUCAGUGUCGGUAGGGUUGGCGUCUUGCGAUGGAUCUUGCACCGGGAUAUGUUGUGCUAAACUCUUAUGUUUCUUUUUGGGACACUUGUCUAAGGACAGGUGUGACGUUAUGCAAUGAAACUGCUUGUCCAUUUCUUCAAUUGAGUUGAGAUGCAGUGUAGCGAA